GCAGCCUCCGGCAGCCUGUAGCGGCUGCCCUCCCACACAAGAAGUCGGUCUCCGUGCCUCAAGGGCUCGUCGCGGCCAGGCGCCUAUCGUCGUCACGAAGGCAGCCCGAAGACAUCAGCGUCAUGGCCAGCACCGCCCACACGGUAGAGAACGCCUGCCGCGUCGUCCGCGCGGACUUGGACGCGCGGCAGGAGGAUUUGAGGACCUUGAGGGAAAGAUGUGAAAGGGCCUUCGCCUACUGCGACAACAACGGCCGCGCCGACGCGGAGGCUUUGGAAAUCUGGUGCGGCGCCGUGGGCGUCACUUUGGAUUCGACGCUCGCGGCCAAGGCGCGCAUCGCACCUAUUAUAGAGGCGGCCGCUUCCCUAAGAGUAUUGCGGGGCCAGCCGCAGGAGCGGGGCGUGACCUUUGAUGAAUUAGCCGAGUUGGUAUUGGUGAAGGAGGCGCGCGACGUCGAGCCUCUCGUCCAGCGCGCCAGGGCGUUCUUCGCCGAGAAAUGUGACGACGGCCAGGCCGUCAUAGCGUGGUUCCAGGCCAAGGGCUGCGGCGACGAAGUCACGAGGACGGACGCGAGCGCUUGCUUACUAGAUCUCGAAGAGCUCCCCAUGUCGAGCCUGGGCGCUUUGAUUCUCGCGGAGCGCCUCGAUAUCAAUAGAGAUGGCAUCAUCGAUGAGAAGGACGCCCUGGCUUGGCUCGUCGUGCCGAGGAAACACGAGGAGUUGAGGGAGCAAUUGCAGCGCUGGUGCGUCGCGAGUCACCAAUCCCAACCAAAGGUGUGCUUCGACGCCCUGGACCGGAGGGGCCGGGGAUUGGCCUCGAGAAGGGACCUCGAGAAGGUUUUAUGUGCGAAGAAAUUCUUCGAGCGGGCUUUUACGAGAACAGAGCUCGACGUCGUCCUCACGCAGCUAGACGCGGACGGCAGCGGCUGCGUCGAUGUAAACGAGUUCACGACGUGGCUGUCGCAGGGGCGGAGCGACUUCGUGGACGAAGAAGCAGUUACGGGUGGCGAGGAAGAUUCUACCUCAUUGUUCCAGGCCGCGGCGCAGCAAUUGCGGGCGGCGCUGCUGGAACGGUGUGGACUCACAGGAGGCAUUGGGUCGGCGGACGACUACGGCAAGGCCCAGGAGGCGCUGGCAGAUGAAUUCCGGAAGGUCGACACAGAUCAAUCGGGUGUUGUAGAUGAGAGCGAGUUUGGGGCGUUAAUCGCGUCGAUCGUCGACGUCGUCGAUGCGGAUCAAUUGAGCGUGGGCGAGACGGACGUCAUGGUCUCGGUCGAGGCUGACGAGAGGACGUGGGAAGGCUUGGGAUGCGAGCUCCUCGAGUCGUGCGAAGGGUUACGGACGCUGUCGCUGAAGAGUAGUCGAGUGGAGGGGUUGAGAGCUGGUGACAUCAUAAAAAGUAUCUGUGGCCAGUCGGUGAACGAGAUGGCCGCGACUUUAGAUUCGGAAUUUGUGGAGAACAAUCCUCUGGAUGCAUUAACGAAGCGUGCACAGUUCGCUCUACAGACCGGUCCUCUGGUCUCGCUGGUCGUGUCGAGGAAGUCUCUCUACAAACUCGCGAAGAGGCACGUCGCGGCGUUGUGGCGGGCCGUCGACGCGGACGCGUCCGGUUCUGUUGAAAGGGAGGAGGUCGAGCGCUUCGUUUUAGAUGACGCGCCGGAGGCCGGGGAGCACGAGUUCGCUGUGGUGUUGGAAGCGUUAAGAGAGGCGGCUCGGAAGACGUUCGAUCCCUCUGAUACCUUGGCGCCGGUGGCCCAGGCCUUCCGGAGUGUGGCGCGGUUGACCGAGAGACCCUUUGUUGGAGACAGCCCGCACUCAUUACCGACGCACGUGUUGGGCGUCUGGGCGCGGCAGGUAUCGAAUUGUUCUAGAAGGCAGGGCACUUUAUUUCAAGAAAGAUUAGAUCGCAACUGUGAUGGUGUGGUCAGUAGGUCGGAGUUCGGGGCGUGGCUCUAUCCUACGAGACCAAUAGACAAGCUCAAGGAGCUGAUCUGCGACGUUGUUGAUAGGCACUUCCAGGGCAAAAUGGCCAAGCUGUGGGCUCGAAUGCUACCACAAAACCCCAACGGGUCCAUACAACGAGAACACCUCCAAUCUAAGUUGAGACAGGCUGGUUUAGGAUAUGUGGGGCCGGGCGAGGUCGAUUGCAUCCUAGAAGCGACCGGGGAUAAAAAGUCGCUGCGGUUUUUUAGGUUGUGCGCCUUUUGCGGGCGGGAGCCCGAGCGGCUGCCGCCGCCGUCUCCCGUCAAAAAGAGGAAGAAGCGCGUCUCAAUGCCGCGCCCGGCGACGGCGCCGCCUCGGAUACAACGCAAGGCUGUAGUCAAACCGCCGCCGCCGCCACCGGAUGACAAUGAAGACGCCAGCGACGCCGACGUCGACGAGCAAAUGGACAAGGUCGCUUUGACGGCGUUACAAGCGAGAUUUCGCGCCGCGCCGUGCAGGGGCACCCUCGACGCGUUGCGAAGUCGAGACGCGGCCGUGCUCGAGCUGGAGGAGGCCUACGCGCGCGAGGCCGCGCUUAAAGUGGACGUGGCCCACGCGAAGGCGCUGGUGCGCAAGGCCGUCGCCGCGGCGCUGCGAAAGGCCGAGGCCGAGCGCGUUGACGUUGAGAAGGCGCGAGACGAGGAAAACAAAAAACUGGCCCUCGAGAACAAGAAGCUCCUUCAACAAGUCGAGAAGCUGAAAACGCAGCUCCGGGCUGCGGUGGUUGCGAAGCAGCACGCGGUCCACGAGGCCGAGCUCAAGGUGACGGACCACUUCCGGAAGAAGCUGGCGGCGGCGGCGAAGAAUGAGAAGAGGGACCCGCUUAAGACAGUAUCAUGA